GGCGCGGGGCUCCGGGGCUCGGGGCUCGCCCCCCGCCGCUCCGGGCAGGCGCGCCGAUGGCGUUUCUAAGGUGACGCUGCGCACACCGACUGUCUCCGGGGGCGGAGGAAACACCUAUGAACCCUUCAGCCUCCUUCCUGGCCGGGCGCCAGAACAUUGGGUCAGAGGUUGAGAUUUCCACUAUUGAGAAACAACGGAAAGAGCUGCAGCUGCUCAUUGGAGAGUUAAAAGAUCGAGAUAGAGAGCUUAAUGAUAUGGUUGCAGUACAUCAGAGACAACUUCUUUCAUGGGAAGAGGAUCGGCAGAAAGUGUUGACUUUGGAAGAACGUUGCAGCAAAUUAGAAGGUGAACUACAUAAAAGAACUGAAAUAAUCAAGUCACUCACAAAGAAGGUAAAAAGCCUUGAAUCUAACCAAAUUGAAUGCCAGAGUACUCUUCAGAAGACUCAGCUACAGCUUCAGGAGAUGGCCCAAAAGGCAACCCAUUCCUCUCUCCUCUCUGAAGACCUUGAGGCUAGAAAUGAAAAUCUCAGCAACACAUUAGUGGAACUUUCUGCUCAAGUGGGACAACUGCAAGCUCGUGAACAGGCUCUCACCACCAUGAUAAAGCUGAAGGACAAAGAUAUUAUUGAGGCAGUCAAUCACAUUGCUGACUGUUCGGGUAAAUUUAAAUUGUUAGAGCAUGCCUUACGUGAUGCUAAGAUGGUGGAGACCUGUAUUGUGAAAGAAAAGCAAGAUUAUAAGCAGAAAUUGAAGGCACUUAAGAUUGAAGUCAAUAAAUUAAAAGAGGAUCUAAAUGAAAAGACAACAGAAAAUAAUGAACAACGAGAAGAGAUCAUUCGCCUCAAGCAAGAGAAGAGUUGCCUGCAUGACGAAUUGGUCUUUACUGACUUAGUGGAGAAACAAAAGUCUUGGUCUCUGGGAGGAAAAAUCCAGAUUGAACCCGAAAACAAAAGUACCUUUUGCAAGAUCCACGCAAAAUCACACAAAGGGAAUGGAAUUGGGAUUCAGAACGAAGAGAAGCAACCCUCAGAAACAUCAACAUCUGUAUCUGAUGAUAAAUGGCAUGAUGUCAACGUUUACCUGGGCCUGGCCAGCUGUUCUGAUUCAAAACAGCCGGAAAAGCUGGAUGUCGACUAUCAGGACCACCUGGAAAGGCCUGGAGUCUCCUGUUGCCACAAAAAUGAAGCCUGUGUGGAUGAAAGCGACAUGUGGGAGUCCAAGUGCUGCCACCCGAGUAACUUCAUAAUCGAAGCGCCAGGCCACAUGUCUGACGUGGAGUGGAUGAGCAUCUUCAAGCCUUCCAAAGUACAGAGGGUCGUGCGCCACAAGUCCGUGUGCACCUGUUCAGAAAGUGCCAGCGGGACCAAGUACAACUCUUCGACAAGUGAGCUGAUCGCCAUCCAGCAGUCCCACUGUUUGGGUUCUUCAAAAUCUGCCUUAAGAGAGGAUGAGAAGUUGACAGAGAUAGAAUCCUCUUCGGAUAAAAAGAACUCAUCUAAGAUUUUGUUAGUCAACAAAGACACAGCCCUGCCCAGUGAAAAGGAUGAUUUUUCCCCCACGAGUAAGCUGCAGCGUUUGCUGGCAGAAUCCCGUCAGAUGGUCACGGACCUGGAGCUGAGCACCCUGCUUCCCAUCAGCUCUGAGAAUCUCAGUGCCAGCAAAAGCAAUAUGGAAGUCUCAGAAGAGUCAGCUGAAAAAAAUACCCCUCUCAGUAACUGAAGAAAACAAAAGUCAACCUCAGUGUUCAUCGUGAUCAUGGAAGCUGAUUUCUCAUCCAUGUGGAAGGUAGGAAGCAGACAUCCAUACCUAAUACUUAGCCUUGAAAACAAAAAAAGGACAGUAAUCCUUUGUAAGCAACAUCUAAUACCAAAGGGGAGCUGAAACCGAAAGUUAAUUUUUAAACAUGUGUAUCUUGUUUGUCUUCAGGUUAGCCAUUUUUAUGUGGAAGACAUAUUUUUCAUGUGUAAGAAAUGAGACCUAAUUGUAUAUUGUAUGUAAUAUGCCAACUUGGAAUUUAUGCUAAGAGAGAAAAAGCCUUCUCUAUAAAGAUGCUGACUCUGGUUAAAUACUCCAGAAUCUCUUUGAAAGUGUGAACAUCAAAUGGAGAAUCCAUGCAUAAAAAAAUGCUGUUUUAGCCAUCUGAUUUUUUUAAACCUGUGCAUACAUUUACAUUAUAGCCAGUAGCUUAUCAGCGUCAGCUCCAAAUAUAUGAGAAAUAGUAUUCCCUUGUAGUUUUAGCCCUGAACUUGGCUGUGUAAAUAGCCAUAAAGUAAUAUGAUAUAAAACCUUUCUAACUGCAAACUAUCUCUUGGGUUACUGACAGUUGAGGCUCCUUCUGUCCCAAAAGCUGAGCAGAGCUCCCUCUUGUCUGGAUCAGUUAUAGUCCCAUCAACUUAUACAAACCAAAGCUCGCUGGAAGAUCAAGUUUUAUACGCAUUUUUUUUUAAUCCUUGAAGACUGAAACUUCUGU